ACUUUCUCGCUGACAAAUGAACGGCGAAACACCGACGAUGAAACAAAUAGAGAAUUACAAACUGAAAUACGUGCCCCAAUCGUAUCUCGAAGCAAGAGAUACGCCCGAUACGUGUUGGAAACAUCCGCAGAAGAGGAGUCAAUCGUUUCCAGUUGCUAGGAGCAGCAAGAAUCCGGAAUCGGUGAUGAGCUACUAUUCCGCGUCGACUACUUACAAGCCGCAGAGAAAUACUUAUUCGAAUCCGAUGUACUCGAAGUACACGUCGCCUCACGAUCCCGACGUGUCGCACAUGCAUUGCCAUUCGAAGGCCCCCAGGGAUAAAUACUCGAACUCCCCGACGACCAGGAAAGCCCACUUCGACGACGAGCUUGGGAAUAUCGAGAAGAUAAAGUACGAGGAAUUGGAGAAUUUCACGGAGGAUAACGGGGAGGAGGAUGUUGAAGAAGAAAUUACAGGUGUAAUUUAUACAGAGGAGGAUCGUGAGGAGCUAGUCGAAUUUUUGGAUAAAGAUUACGAAGAGCAGGAAGCGGAUGACGAAAUAGAUGACGAGUCCGAUCCUUCUCCUCAGACUCACAGACCUCCGAGAAGUAAGAAUGAAGCGUUGUUAAAGCAGCAGCAGCAACAGCAACAGCAGCAGCAACAGCAACAGCAGCGAUGGAGACCCAUGGAGCAGAAACUUCGUUGCCAGCAACACAUGAUUAUGCAAACUCAUCCGUCAUCCGCCAGGUACUACCAUAGCGUGGCCGAGCAUGAGAUACCUGAGCCCUUAUCAGAAGAAGAGUUCGUCCGAACGUCGGCGAGGAGUCCGACGAGACGGAAGAACACGGAUUACCAUAAUUGGUCGUCGUCAAGGAACGAUCACGAUCAGUACAACGAUUUUACGAUCGAGACACCUCGACGAGCUCGCACGAAACCGGACGUCGAUCGACUGCUGGAUACCGAAUUGAACAGGUCGAGAAAGUGCAACCGCUGUGGCAGUUUAUCAGCUAAAAAGGUAGAAUCACCGAAGGGAUGCAGAUUCGAUGAUCGCGCGAAUAUUCCAACCAAAGGGCCAAUCGGCGACGAGCCCGACGAGAUGUACUGCGGCCGGUGUAACCUGAGAUACAACACGAAAGACGCUCUCGACGUUCCAACGUCCAUGUUCGCUGCAAAACCGCGUCGAUCCCGAGAGGUGAAAUCGCCGACGAUCUACGAAGUCCCAGAACAAGCGCAGGACAAAAUCUCGCGCGACUACGCGCGAACCUCGCCACCGAGGUACCAAAGGAAAUCUGCGGAACCAUACCCGGAAAGAGCCAAACGCUCGUUGCAUACUUCUCAAGGCACUGCGCGAAUACAAUCUAGAUACGUCGAGUAAAAUAAUUUCUUUAAGACUAAAAUCACCCGGAAGAAGUGUACGAAAAGAUCGGAUUUGGAAAAAAUUAGAUCGUACAGUGUAAAAUAAUUUUUUUAGACAUUUUUCGUGACAUUUCAUGAUCGAAGAUCUUUUCCUGUUCCCAGGCGACUCUGACGAGUAUUUUCAUAUAAAGACUUCGUCCCUGUAUCUCUAUUUAAGGAUGUGUGUGUCGAUAAAAAAAACAAUGGUAGAAACGAGUCCCUUUCGUUGUAAACUAAUUUCUGAGAGACUUUGAUCCGCAAGGGCGUAGCAAAUAUAAAAUAAUAUAAAGGAAUCUUCUCGAUCGUUUCCCUCCUACUGGUUGUGUAAUAUAUAUUUUUGUAACUGUCCUCGGGUCUCGUAGAUGUUAAACACGUGUUGUCUGAGGCUAGUAGAAACGCGAGUAUGUACAUAACGCGAUUAGGUGAAUCGAUUAGAAGUUUGAACGUGUCGCUAAUACCCCGCUUUCCGUCUUCGGUGUUCGACGAUCUCCUGAAUGAUAAGUCACCGUUACCCUCGGCACGAAAUCGAUUGUAUAUACGCGAUACACCGUAAUGCUAACGAUUCUGUGUAAUAAACCUU